AGCUUAUUUGAGAGAGCUAGAGGUAAUAUUGGGGCUCCUGUUCUCUCUUUGCUUUUUAAUGGCUUUCUUGAUGGAGAGAUGUGGUGAGAUGAUGGUUUCUGUGGACUCUCACAAGCCAGUUCCGGCACCCUUCCUGACCAAGACCUACCAACUAGUUGAUGAUCCUUGCACUGAUCACAUUGUAUCCUGGGGUGAAGAUGAGACCACCUUUGUGGUGUGGAGACCUCCUGAAUUUGCAAGGGAUCUCCUGCCCAACUACUUCAAGCACAACAACUUCUCAAGCUUUGUAAGGCAGCUCAACACCUAUGGAUUCAGAAAGAUUGUUGCAGAUAGGUGGGAGUUCGCAAAUGAGUUCUUCAGAAAAGGAGAGAAGCAUUUACUCUCUGAGAUCCACAGAAGGAAAAGCCCUCAAGUUCCUCACCACUACCACCAACACUACCAUCAUCGAUCACCACCUCCUUUCCAAGGUCCAGAUGAAACAACCAGCUGGAUUGAGCCUCCCCUACCGCUCCCGAGCGGCGACGCCGAGUUCCUCUCGGCUCUUUCGGAGGACAAUCAGAGACUGAAGAGAAAGAACUCCCUCCUCUUAUCAGAGCUCACACACAUGAAGAAGCUAUACAAUGACAUAAUCUACUUCAUCCAAAGCCAUGUCACCCCAGUACCCCCUGACCAAAGGCUUGUGAACCCAAGGCCUAGCAGACUUGCUGAUGAUCGACUUCAAACUCCUUCGGAGCUCCAGAAAGCAUUAAAAAAUCACUUCUCGGCGACCAUCACCGGGGAGUCUGACAGCACCGUCAAGCUCUUCGGUGUAUCCAUUCAUGGCAAGAAGAGAUUGCACACCGAGACAGCCGGUGGUGAAAAUUAAAAUGCAAGUGACUAGAACAAUAUGGAGGAACUGUUGGAAGAUAAGGUUUUGUUUGAAGGAUAUUAAGAUUACUGAGACCAAGUACUCCCAUCUUGAGGGAAUUCAGUUUGAACUGUUAUUGUGGAAGACCUUAGAUGUUGUCAUAGACCUUUUGUUCCUUGCUCUUCCCUUCUCAUGGAAGUUGAUCAGUCUUUUUCAUAUGAUUAUUAGAAGUUUAGUUUAGUGACAUUAUAUUAUAUUAUUAAGUCCUUAAAA